AGGCCAACUAUUGUCAUUAAACUUUGUUACUAAUACAGUUACAUCAUUUGUAAACCUGUUGUUGUUUGUUUAUGUGCAGACGGUGACAUGCAGGGAACAGAAGGUUUAUUAGGAGGUCUGGAUGUCAGGAGGAGGAUUCCCAUCAAGCUUCUUCCCAAACAGGCUAGAAAAAGCUUUGCUUACAAGCAGGAGGAGAGGUUUGAAAGUUCAAAGGCAGUAGAUGCUUAUGGGGGCCAGCGGCGAUUCCCUCAACAAUUGUUCUGGGAUUUUAAGCUCAACUUGAUUGGUGAGAAGGAUGAGACCCCUGUUCAUUUCUGUGACAAGUGUGGACUUCCCAUCAAGACCUAUGGUCGCAUGAUUCCAUGCAAGCAUGUAUUUUGCUAUGAAUGUGCGUUGCUUCAUGAAAGGAAAGGUGAUAAGAUGUGCCCAGGUUUGACAAUGUACAGCUGCACAGACCCGGUCCAGCGGAUUGAGCAGUGCCAGCGCGGCUCUCUCUUCAUGUGCAGCAUCGUUCAGGGCUGCAAACGCACCUACCUCUCGCAGAGAGACCUGCAGGCUCACAUUAACCACCGCCACAUGAGAGCAAGCAAGUCUUCCGCAGGCCGCUCCGAGCCUCUCCACCUCCCCCCCUCUGAUGUGUCCGAUCGCUUCCGUGCGCCCCCUCCCCACCUGGCCAAGCCUCAUGUGCAUAUCCCGCCUCCUUUGCCACACCCAGGCCACGACCCCUACUCCCAGCCACCUCCUGUCUCUCACGACGACCUCCGAGGCCCACCAGGCCAGCCUCCCCCUUCUGACAUGGGACCACCUCGCUCUCUUGGUCAAGAAACAUUCCGCAUCACUACAGUGACCACACGUAAGCACAGCAACCUCAUCACUGUGCCCAUUCAGGACGAUUCGGGGAGCUCCAUCCAACGUGAGCCUUCCGCGCCACCACAUCACCACCCGGGAGAGUAUCCAGGCCAGCCUGUGGUUUCCCACCCACAUCACAUGAUGGGGCCACCUCCGCAGCGCUAUGGGCCUCCACCCCCACCACCUCCCAUAAGUCAUCCGAUGCAGCAUCCGGGACAGGUAUUCAGCCAAGCUCCUCCACCAUUAUCUUCAGUUCCUCCACCCAUCACCCCUCCUCCUGGACAUCUCAUGGGUCAGCUGCCACCAUACAUGAACCAUCCUCCACCCGGUCCUCCUCCUCAACAUGGGGGUCCUGUAGGUGGCCCUCCACCCCAUCAUUACAACCCUCAGUUCCCUGAGGAUAAGGGUACUCUUAGCCCACCUUUUAACCAACCUGGAGGGCUCAGUCCUGGAAUGUGGCCCGCCCCCAGGGGACCACCUCCACCUAGAAUGCAAGGUCCCCCUCCACAAGGACCUCAUCACCCAGACCAGGGCCGCUACAGACCUUAUUACCAGUAGAAACUUUUUGUUAGUAGAUAUUUUGAACUUGUGCUUGUAAUUCUGUUGUAGGGCUAUGUAAGAUUUAUUAUGUUUAGGGGUGGGCGAUAUGGCACAUAUAUCUUUAGGCAUGUAGAAUUCUGUCACAAACACACAUUGAUUCUGCAAAGCAGUUUUGAAAAAUAUAGAUUAAGGUUUAAUUUUGAAUGCUUUGCAUUGUUGUAGUCAGGGGUCAUAAUACUUUAUGUACAGUAUAAAGUGGAAACGUCAUGCAUUCCACUGCUUUACUGCCAGAUGUCUUCAAACACUUUUUUUUGUAAUUAACACCAGAUUCUGUGGUGUACCUUGAUUCAGUGGUAUUGGGGUGGCACAGUGGUAAAUUAUGCUCACCCGCUACAGCUAGGAUCCAAGGUUUGAUUCCUCAGUGGUGCUAUCGGUCGAUCAGGCAUGUACGUAUAUACAGGCGUGAUCAGUAAUGUCUGGGAGCAUGGGGGGUGUGUGCCCAAGGCCCUGUGACGAAUUGGCUGUCUGGGGUGUGAGUUACUACAUUGUGCACAGUGAUUCCAGGGAAACCUGACCCACCUUGCUUAGGAUAAAGCUGUGAUAAAAACAUGAAAAUGAAAUUCUAUUAACCUUAAGUGAAAAGUCAUCAUGCAUAUUUUUUAAACAUGUCCCAUUUAAUGCUGGAUUAGUUUAUGCCAUAACAAGCAAAACAACGUCUUUAAUUUAAGGAAACAAGAUCCUGUAACAAGAACCUAUAGCAUACAGUUUAGCUUUGAUGCAAGUCCUAGUGUUUAUAUUUUUAUGAACGUUGCUGACUUUUAUCAAAUACAAGGGUUCUUCAAAAAGUUUCCACACUUUUUUAAAAAACUCUUUAGUAAGAAUUUCACUUUUCUACAUAAUCACCUUCUGAUGCAUUUUUCCCAGCGUCGUACCAACUUUUUAAUGCCAUCAGCAAAAAAUGUUUUUGGUUGAGCCCGUAUCCACUGAUGCACCACUGCUUUCACAUCAUCACAUGAAAAUCUUCUUCCCCUUAAAGCUCCUUUGAGCAUCAAAAAACGUCGAAAUCAGAUGGCACUAAAUCCAGACUAUAGGCGUCUCUCAGACACGACCAAUUACUACUCCUCCUGCCGUCAACAUUUACAAAAAAAAAAUUAAAAGUGCGGAAACUUUUUGAACAUCCCUCGUAUUUACCAUGAGCAGACACACCCAACAUUGUGUUCCCCUGUAGUCCUGUACAUAGAUUUGUUUUAAUGCUACCGUGCUGUUUGCUUUCAUUAAACACUUUGUGCUUUACAAUAAAUAAUAUUUAUUUUAAUGUCAUUGUGCUCACAGCUUUACAUGAUGGUCUGUUAUCUGGUGAUUUUAAGCCAUGCAAGUUUAUGAUAAUGACUGGUGGACUUUCUUUACACAGCAUAAAUAAACACAAAAUCUACAUGCUA